AUGUAAAAUAAUAAUUGUUUGUUUUGCGAAAAAUAAAGAUUAGAAGGAGUCAUCCAUUACCCAACUCUUUUAUAAACAGCACUUUACUUAAAGUACAAUCCUCAAGAUGAAAUGACUAUUGAUGAUCUCAUCAAACAUUCCCAUAAGAAAUGGGUCAUAGAUUUUUAUGAGAAAUCACAAGAAAUACAAGACCAAGAGUUUCUCAAGAAAUACCAUGAUUGUCAUGAGAUCAUCUCCAAAUUAAUUGAUUUGACGGAUUAUUACAAAUAUAGAUUGGACACACCUAAUCUGUUUAUGCUUCCAUUAUUUAAAUUGAUCAAAAAUUACAAUAAAUUACGAAAAGAAUACCAUUACACUUAAAUCAAAUAUAAAUUAAAAAUAUUGUUACCCUAAAAUCGCAAUAAUGUUGAUAUUCAAUUUACGCAAUUGUUGCAAUUAACAAUGAGUAAACAAGAAGAAGAACAACCAUCUUUGAUUUCUCUCCUCAAUAAAUUGUAACCACAACAAACUAAAAUGCCUAAAUAAAUAAAAUCAUAUACUCAAUAAUCGAGUUUAUCGACAACUAAAUUAUUUCAAAAGCCCUUGAUUAAAUAGAGUGAAUAAUUAAGUAGAAAACUUAAAUCCAUUCUAAAUGGGGAUAUUCGUUAACAAAUACCACAAUAAAUGCCACAACAACAACAAAUGAAGAAGACAUAAUCAAAAUCUCAUUCGUCCAUUAAAUUUCAUACACUUCACAGUGUUAAUAACAAUUCAAAAAAACUGAGUAUGUAAACAAGUUAAUCAAACCUGUAAUCAAUCAAAACUUUGGGAUAAAGCAAAAUCGGAUCUCAGGCAGAUAUAAUUAGUAGCAUAUACUUACAGAAAAGCAACCCUAUUGUUAAAAAUAGAUAACAAAGAAAAUUAAUUUAAUUAUUUUAUAAAUGA